AUGGGGCUCCUCGCAACCCUCGCCGCGCCCGUUGAGCAACUGCUCAGCACUCUCCCUGUCUGGCAACUCGUCCUCCUCGGUUUCACCGCGUUCCUCGCCCUGUCCAUUGUCCUCCACGUCACACGACAACUUCUGUUCAAAGACAGGAAUGCCCCGCCGGAGGUGUUCUCUCUUUUUCCCGUGAUCGGCAGCACAAUAUGGUACGGCAUGGAUCCAUUCGAUUUCUUCUUCGCCUGCAAGGAAAAAUACGGCGACGUUUUUACCUUUACCCUCCUCGGCAGAAAAGUCACCGUGUGCUUGGGAACCAAAGGGAACGAGUUUAUUUUGAAUGGCAAGUUGAAGGACGUCAGCGCGGAAGAGAUCUACACUGGCUUGACCACUCCGGUGUUCGGAGAGGGUGUCGUGUAUGAUUGCGACAAUGCCAAACUGAUGGAACAGAAGAAAUUCGUCAAGUUUGGCCUGACUCUGGACGCUUUCAAGUCUUAUGUCGAUUUGAUCUCCGCCGAGACGAAACAGUUUGUGGAGCAAGGCACUCCGUUCCACGGUUCGGCUGGCACGGUCGACAUUGUUCCGGCCAUGGCGGAACUGACGAUCUACACGGCAUCACGAUCACUUCAAGGGAAAGAAGUGCGAGCCAAAUUUGACUCCACUUUUGCCGACUUGUACCACGAUUUGGACAUGGGAUUUGCACCCAUCAACUUCAUGCUUCCCUGGGCGCCUCUUCCCCACAAUCGCAAACGAGACUACGCUCAGAGAAAGAUGACCGAGACCUACAUGGAAAUCAUCCAGGAACGACGAGCGGCGGGUGGAAAGCGUGUCAAGGGAGAAGAAGACAUGAUUUGGAACUUGAUGGGAUGUGUGUACAAGGAUGGCACACCGGUCCCGGACAAGGAAGUGGCACAUAUGAUGAUUGCGUUGCUCAUGGCCGGCCAACAUUCGUCGUCGUCGACGUCCAGCUGGAUCUUGCUUCGACUGGCCACACGACCAGAUAUCCAGGAAGAAUUACUGGCGGAACAGAAGAGGGAAUUGGGAGAGGAUUUGCCUCCUCUGACCUACGAAUCACUCCAGAAAUUGACCUUAAACGCCAAGGUGGUCAAAGAGACAUUGAGGUUGCACUCCCCGAUUCACAGCAUCAUGCGAAAGGUCAAGUCUCCAUUGGCUAUCGUGGCCAAUACCCCGACCACCACCAAGACGUAUAUGAUCCCCACCACCCAUACUCUGAUGUCCGCUCCCGGGGUAACAUCUCGAGAGGCUGAAUACUUCCCUGACCCCAUGACGUGGGAGCCACAUCGGUGGGAUGAAGGACAUCCUCUGGCUUAUACUCGGAUGGGAUUGGAGAAGGAAGAAUUCGAGGAUUAUGGCUACGGCAUGAUCAGUAAGGGUGCAUCAUCGCCAUAUCUACCUUUUGGAGCUGGACGACAUCGAUGCAUUGGAGAACAAUUUGCAUACGUCCAAUUAGGAACCGUGUUGGCGACAAUGGUCCGGUUGGUCCGAUUCCGUAACCAAAAGGGUACGAGUCUGGUGCCGACGGACUAUUCGAGUUUAUUCUCCCGACCCAUUGCUCCAGCGGUCGUGGAGUUUGAAAAGAGGUCGGCGAAGAGUGAAAAUAGAGGGUGA